AUGGAGAAAUCGUCAACCCCUAACCGUCAGCUCUCAAUGUGUGAUAUGAUUUCCGAUGAUUUAUCUGGAAUAAACAACCAAGGCGUCCCAAAAUCAUGCGUCACUCAUGAAAUCUGUGCAGAUAAACCCAAACUGGAGAACAAUUUUUUUACAUUUCUCCAAUGGCAGAAACACAACGAGGAACUACUAAACAGAUCAGUUCAGGGGCAUCAUCAAUCAAAUGUGGUUGAGUAUAAUGUGCAGCGCUCGAUAAACACAUUAUCCGGGUCUGUGGAUAAAGGUAUGUCAGAUAGUACCAAUAAAAUUGCUGGUAUGGCUAGAAACAUAGAUAGAUGGAAAGCACACAUGUUCCAAGUUAUAGAGAACAUGCGAAACGAAAUCGACUUACUAAUGUUGAGUAAAACAAAAAUUCAAAAAGCCCAAACGGCAUUGCGUAUUAUAUGUUCCAUAUCUACUGAGUGUUUAGAACGGCGGUCGUUCAGAUUGGAAACGGAUCUCACUUUAGAUCCUGGACAAGUGGAGCUUGUUAAAGAAAAAGCACUAAUUACUGAAAUCGGAAAUUUAUUUUGCCGCACGUUGUCCCAAAUAAAAGAUCAAUUGAACCGUAAUAAAAAUGUAAAGGGUCGACUCGAAAAAAAUUGGAGUGAUAAAUAUCAAUCAUUUCAAAUUGAUACCAUCAACUUAGGGCUGAAUAUUCAGACACCUAUUAUUAUGUCACAUGCAGAUGUUGUCAAAGACUCUGAAAACACUUGUUUGUCAGUACCAGAAUGGGAAUCGAUUACUAAAAGUUUAUAUGAAGAAGCUGAACAAGUUUUGAAUGAAUCAACACAAUUGAGAUCCAUAGUUGACGAUGUACUCAAGAAAAGCGCAAAUAGAUUAAGAGGUCAAGCUGACACAGUUGAUAUUGCUCUGGCGCGGUUCAUAUCCGAUACACAACAAAUUGGACAAGCAAUAGAGAAUGACUUGAAACAAGUGGUUCAAAGGUUGGGUGAUUCGGAAAAUUUAAUCGGAGAUCUCAUUCGAGUAAUAAUGAAUUUAGAAAAAGCAAAACAAACUGCUGAAACAAGGUUACACAAUCGGCUGAAACGUCCGGGGGAUGAGAACGUCAAGGAUAAUGCACAACUAAGCCUUAUUUCGGAAGUGAAAAACCUAAGCGAUCAAUUAAACACGCUCAAUUAUCAGUUGUACUGUGCCAGAACAGGACACGGGGGUUUGCAAGAAGCGCGUUCGUUACUCGAAGACGAUUCUCGUAUUAAAAGGAAAACGCUUUGGAUCGAUAGCAUUAGAUGUCAAAGGAUACGAGCGCAUUAUCCUUCCGUAAACAUAUUACUUGGCCAUUGA